AUGGCUUGUGAAAUUUGUGCUGUUCCAGGGGAAUCAGAAGAACUGAGGGCUUUGCUGCUGAACCCACACCUCCGGCAGCUGCUCCUCACCAUCGACCAGGCAGAAGACAAAAGCUCCCUCAUGAGGAGGUUCAUGCAGGAGCCCCUGUUUGUGGAGUUUGCAGACUGCUGCCUGAGGAUUGUGGAGCCUCCCGAGAAGGAGAACAUCCUCCCCGAGUGAGCACGUUUUCCUUUCCUUGAGGUUCUGUGCUGCAGAGCUGCUCCAUUCUGUGUCUUUCCUCAGGGUCUGGUCACUUUGCCCCUGGAUUUCAGUGCUCUGAUUUCAAUUCAGAGUUGACAGUGAGAGGUUUCUAGAGACUGGGGGUUGAACCUGACACUCUGCAGACCUGCUUUGUGUUGGUACAGAAAUAUUGGCAACCGUGGCAAAUGUUACUUCACAGUGACAAUAUUAAAUAUAUUUGCAUUUAUUUUUAAUCGACAAA